UCACAUUGAAGGAGAAACAGAUUGAGACGUUGAGAGCAUUGUACGAAGAUCAUGACUGUGUGUCGGUAUUACCCACAGGCUACGGUAAAAGUGUAAUAUUUCAGCUCUUACCGUGGUUUUGUCAGCUGAAAAUGGAGAAACGGAAACCAAUGAGCGUGAUAGUCGUGUCCCCGCUGAGUUCCCUAAUCCAGGACCAAGUCAUUGCAAAGAGGAAGAAGGGAUUAAAUGCUUGCAGUUUGAACUUCACUGGUACUCAUGGCUCAACUUAUGAAGAUGCGGAUUGCGAGAACGAUGAGGAACAGGAUCAUGAAUAUGUUGAAAUUGAUGUUCCAUUUGAGCAACUGGAGAGAGGAGACUUUUGCAUGAUUUAUUGUCAUCCAGAGGCACUAUUGAAGACCAGAUUUUCUCGACUUCUUAGGUCUCAACUGUACCAAGAGAUCAUUUGUGCAGUAGUCAUAGAUGAAGUCCAUAUGGUUUCAGAAUGGGGAGAAGAAUUCCGUCCUGUCCAGAAGCUUGGGGAGUUAAUGUGCAUUCUAGAGAAGGCUUUGCAUUUAAUUCUGACAGCAACUGCUACACCCAAAUCAAUUGCAAGUCUAGCUAAAGAGCUGAAUUUGAAAAUUCCACUUGUUAUCAGUGAGAAUGUGGAUCGUCCAAACAUAUUUAUAGACAUUAGAAACAGAUUGCCAAACAUUCAUAAAUUUGACAAAUUUGAUGACUUGAUAGAACCUGUGGCAACAGAAUUGCUGGAAAAAGGAGUUCAUUUUCCAGUGACCAUAAUGUAUGUGGAAAGUUUGGAAGCAUUGUCUUAUUUUUAUCAGUUUCUUUCGUAUAAACUUAAGGGUGCCAGCUACGAUGGUGAGGAAAUCCCACAGAAUAGAAUAUAUGCUCAAUACCACAAAGAUUAUGCAGAGUCCAUGAAGAAAAUCAUUAUUCAGGAACUGACCAAAGAAACCCCUAAAGUUAGAUUAGUUUUGGCAACUGUUGCACUGGGAAUGGGGCUCAAUGCCCCUAGUGUUUCACGUAUCAUUCAUUGCAGGCCCCCAACAACACUGGAGAAAUACCUACAAGAAAUCGGUCGUGCUGGACGUGUUGGACAACCGUCAGUGGCAAUUCUUUUUUACAACAAAAAUGAUAUUGCAAAAAACAGAAUCGGUAUGACAGAAGAAAUGAGGAAGUUUUGUGAAAGUGAAACAUGUUAUAGAAUUAUUCUUGUGAAUUACUUUGGAUUUGAAAGUGUUGUUUUUUCAGGACCAAAGGAACAUUGUUGCUCCAUUUGUAGCAGAAAAUGACUCGUCAUUACUGACUGUAUAUAUGAUUUCUCCCGUCAAGUGUGAUUUUAAGCAAUUCGCUGCAUCUAGUGACAUACACAUCAUUCUUGUGGAUUCUGUUGCUGUAUAAAGAAGAUUCUUAAGACCAUUGU